AUGGACUCGCAACGCUUGUUUCGGUUCCCGCUGCUGCGCUUCCCCAACACACAAUCGGCCAAGUCGGCAGCCAUCUACGUGGCUGGUGCGCUGUAUGCGAUUGGGUUCUGGUCGAUGGUGGACGCCUCGAUCUUCUCGAAAACAGUCAACGCCUCUGUGGUGCACGUCACCUUUGUGGACUGGAUCCCGUUCAUCUGCAGCACAUUGGGCACUCUGAUCGUCAACAUGAUAGACAAGAAACAGCUGCUGUCGGCGGACAGCUUUGGGAGCGGCUCGAUCAGAUGGCAGGCCCGGCUGGUGCUAUUUAUCGGCUGCACGCUGUUGGCCGUGGGAAUGUCGGGAAGUGCCUUGCUUGUGAUUCUCAAGUACGUGGUGAAGGGCUACACGUCGAUGCCGACGCUCGGAAUGGCAUUGGAGAACAUCUACGCUACAGGAAGCAUCACGUUGAGCUGUAUUAUUUUGUGGGUUGUCCAGAACGUGGAGGAGGACUAUAAUUAUUCGUUGGCGUUGUAA